AUGAUUGCUAAUAAAAUUUCUGAUAUUAAAAACUCAAAUAUUUUUUCUAUAUAUAAAAAAGAUUAUAUUUUAGGAGUCAAGAAUGUUGGUGACAAAGAGUUUAAAGUACACGCAUUAAAUGGUGGUAAAUAUUUAGAUAUGUCUUAUAAAAGCGGUACAUUAUCAAAACUCCUUUUGAUACAAGAGUAUUUACAUGAUGUUUUUACAGAAGGUGAAUUAGAUGGUGUCAUUAUUAAAAGAAAUUUAUCAGAAUCUAAAUUUGAUGAGUUUGAAGAAAAAUAUAGAGAUUAUAAAGUUGAAUAUGUCAAACAUGGAGGUUUGGUAAUCAUUUAUGAAAAUCUAUCAACUGGAAUAGCUCACUUUUAUUGUACUGGUGCUUUAUUUCCAAUGUUUGAACGUGUAAAUAGUUUUUAUGUACAAAGGGUUUUAACUACUAGUUCUGAUCUUUCAAUUAGUCUUCCUCAUGGUUCUAGACAACCAGAUUUAAGUUCAUUACCUGAUGGAAGACAAAGUUUGGUUCCUACAACUGUUGUUGAGAUUGGUGUCUCACAAUCAGUCACUCACUUAGUAAAAAAGUGUGCUUCUUUCUUUAGAAAUACUCAAAUCGAAAUAGUAUUGGGAAUAAAGAUUUUUUCAAAAGAAGAUGAUAAUACAUUUAGAGCAGUAGCAUUUAAUUAUAGCCGUAAUGGGUUAAAUGGCAAUUGUCUAUCAAUUGUUUCAUUUGGCAGUUGCAGAACAACUGUACAAGAUGAAGAACUCUUUUUAGAAUUAACCAACAACAAUCAAAAUCCAAAUAUUCUUACAGGUGUUUUAUCAACCAAUCAAGUUUUAAACAAUGCACCAAAUACACCACCAUUUGUAAUCAACAUUCCAUUAGCAGCAUUAUUAAAUGGAGCUUCUCCACAACCACAAUUUCUUCCAAACUUGUUACAAGCACCUAUUAAUAUUCCAAUUGAUUUAUUUACAGUAAAAAUCUAUUUAGAAACAAAAAUUCCAGCAAAUAGAUCUUUUACAUCUUUUUAA